GUGAGGCAUUUAUGAUGCUAGCAAGGCCAUAAACAAAACCAACUAAAGUUUUCUAUUGUAUAGCUUUUAAGUAGGAUCUGCGAGGCAAACAGGACCAGCUCACCUCUCAGAGUCUCAGGCUUUCAUGACUCUCUCCCUCUCUCUCUCUCAAAUUCUGGACAUAUAGAGUGAGAGAUCAGAGAGAGAUAGUAAGAGGGAGCUAGCAGGUCCACCACCAAUGCAAGUUGCUUUUGUGUAGUAAUGCAGUAACAUCUGUAUCAGAGUGGACUUCCCUAUACCAGUAUAUAUAAUUGAAGCUACAGCUAGUUAGCUUCAGUAUAUAUACCUCUAUAUCUCUCUCCUUCUUCUCAGGUAAUCUAUCUCUGUGUCUGAGUCUCUGAGAGAGAAGAAACUCUCUCCUUCAGAGAGAGAGAGAGAGAGAGAGAGAGAGAGAAGCCAAGCCUGAGAAUAGUGGCAAUGGCGUUAGUACAUAGCAACAGUAGCGCUACCAUUAUGAUCUUCUUUUACUCCAUAUUAGUGUUCAUGUUAUCUCUAACAACCACCACCAUCAAUGUGGCUGCGACGGCGAAAGAGCAAGAGCUAGACCGAAUCUCAGCGCUGCCGGGACAACCGCCGGUUUCGUUCUCGCAGUAUUCUGGUUACGUCACCGUCAACGAGAAACAUGGCCGAGCUCUCUUCUACUGGUUCAUUGAAGCCACUGCUUCUCCUCAGAACAAACCUCUCGUUCUUUGGCUCAAUGGAGGACCAGGUUGUUCAUCAGUGGCAUAUGGAGCAUCAGAAGAAAUCGGCCCGUUUCGGAUUAAUACAACCGGUUCAUCUCUUUAUCUCAACAAGUAUUCAUGGAACAGAGAAGCGAAUAUUCUCUUUCUUGAAUCGCCUGCUGGUGUCGGUUUCUCAUAUACAAACACAAGCGCUGACCUUAAAGAUUCUGGGGACAAAAGGACUGCUCAGGAUGCUCUAACUUUUCUGCUCCAGUGGUUAUCAAGAUUUCCUCAAUACAAAUACAGAGAAUUCUACAUUUCCGGGGAGAGCUAUGCAGGGCAUUAUGUUCCUCAGUUGGCAAAGGAAAUUGUCAAUUACAAUAAAGCACAUUCCCAUCCCAUUAUCAAUCUAAAGGGGUUUAUUGUGGGCAAUGCUGUAACAGACAACUAUUAUGAUAGCAUUGGAACCGUCGCAUAUUGGUGGACACAUUCCAUAAUAUCUGAUCACACCUACAGAUCAAUCCUCGACCAUUGCAAUUUCACAGCCGAUAAAUCAACCACGCAAUGCGAUGAUGCUGUAGAUUAUGCCAUGAACCACGAAUUUGGAGACAUUGACCAGUACAGUAUUUACACACCAUUUUGCUUGACACAGAUUAAUAACGCCAAAAGGCAUCUAAGGCUUAAAAACACUCUUCUGCGCCGACGUAUCUCUGGGUAUGAUCCGUGCACUGAGAAUUAUGCAGAGAAGUACUAUAAUCGGCCAGAUGUACAGAAGGCAAUGCAUGCAAAUAUUACCAAAAUUCCUUACAAGUGGACUGCUUGCAGUGAUACUCUUAUCAAGAAUUGGAAUGAUUCAGAAGAUUCCAUGCUGCCUACAUACAAGGAGCUGAUGGCAGCUGGUCUAAAAAUUUGGGUUUUCAGCGGGGACACAGAUUCAGUAGUACCAGUGACUGCUACUAGGUUCUCCCUCAGUCAUCUCAACCUUACUAUCAAAACCCCAUGGUAUCCAUGGUACACAGGAGGCCAGGUGGGAGGAUGGACAGAAGUCUACUAUGGCUUAACCUUUGCAACUAUACGAGGUGCUGGCCACGAGGUUCCACUGUUUAAACCAAAGAGAGCUUUCGUGCUUUUCCAAUCAUUUUUAGCAGGAAAACAAUUGCCAAGACCUAAUUGACAUGUUACUCAGAAAUACAGAUUCCCAUGCAAAUGGGGUGAUGAAGAGCUAGGCAGCUAGUUUAGGAACCAUUUAUUCAAAAUAUUUCUUACAUAUUCAUAUUUUCAUAUUUUCAUGACAAUGUAUUUAAUUUUAAUUUAUCUAUAUAGAUUAAGAUGAAUCGUGAUUUUAAAAUUUGUUUUGAAUAACAAAUUCUACAAUGCAAAGGACAAUAAAAUGUACGUGAGGUAUCUUCUGAUCAUUAAUGUGGUAAUAUCGAUCAGCUUCUUUUUUACAGUCAAACAAAUUUUGUAGCAUGUAGCAGUUUCUUUAAAUAGUAUGUAGUAAUACAAGUGUAAAUAGCCUGUCAAGAGCUAACCAUGUAUUGACAUAUAUAGCAAAUUAACAAUAAUACAGCUGACCAAAUUAAUACCAUAGUAAUAUAGAAGAUCAGAAACCACUAGCAGAAAAUUAGCUCCAUCUGCUGUGAAAUGAGGCCACUACCUCUUUAAAAAGAAGAAAACAACGUCAGAGACAAACAGGAAACUUCAUUCCUUGAACUUCCUCAAGUAGCUAGUGUAAAUCAGUCCAAACUAAUGCGUCAACCAAAUUCCCAUAAUCUUUUAGGGAAAUCAAGCCCCCUUUCAUAGUAAAGACUCGCAGACAUUGCCAAAACCCAGUUUCAGUAAUGCGCGUAACACGUCUUAAAUAAAAAAAGAACGAUUUGUCGCCCAAUUCUUCUGUGAAAAAUAUGCCAUGUUCCCAUUCACAAACAACAAACGGAACGUUAGACAGAAAACCUGAUUCAAGCGUAUUAAUGGUGUAAUCUAGUGUCCACUGCUUUCUGUUGUAAUCUUUCAUUACCCAUAUCUCAAUUUUCGUAUCUGAUGAAGUAUCAACAAUAGCAAUAGAUCUGUUUGGCUCCAAAACCAGUUGGCUUGCAAACUGUCUCUUUUGAGCGAGUGAUUGCGCAGGCGUGCCAGCACCGCGGGGUGCAGUCGUUGGGGUAGUCCCUUGACCUGACUUCUUCUUCAAGCGCUGUGGACGAGGAGAGCACCAACCUCGUCACAGGGUUCUUCUCUAGCCUUUCGGAAAAGGACUUUUGCCUUACGGAUAAGGACUUUGGUUGUGGUCUCUUGCGUUCACCGAAUCGAUACUUAGUGUUGUAGACUAAGCAGGCAAUCACUGGGAAGUUGGGAGAAAGCACGGGUUGCGCUAAAGCGUGACUUUAGCUUCGCUGGGUUGCGAGGGCGUUACCCUUGCUUCGCUGGUAGUAACGGUGGCGGUUGCGCUCGCAGUCGGCUCGCUGGGAGACUGGGACUGGAAGUGCGGUCGCCGGGUUGGUCUGGUGAUGCUGACAGUCGGCUCUUGGAGAGACUGGGACUGGCGCACGGUCACCGGGUUUCAACAAGGUUGAAGGUUUGCUCCGGGGAGGCUUUGUAAUCGCUAGGAUUGAUUGAUCUGAGAGAGGGGUCUCCCUGUAUCGUCUUUAGCCUCUAUAUAUAGGCUGCUGCAGAUUCACUUUCCAAAUAUGAAUGAAAUACUAUAAUUUAGGCCACAGUUAUUGGCCUUGAAUCAAAUCAAAACUCUUUAUAGUUUUGAUAUCUAUCGUAAGCAAUAAGAGAUUGACUCUGUCGUAGCAAUCUUCUAGGCAAGGUUAAUUACCUUUUAGAGUCCUGGACGUAAUCUUCCUCUUGGUCGCGAGCUGUUGGAUAUGUACGUAUAUAUGUUCAUAUAUAUCUUCGCGAGCACUCGUCGCGGGGACUCACAAUUAAGGUUGAUAGCUUCCUUAAUUGGUCCAUGUUAUUGGCAGAGUGAUUGAUUGCCCCACGUCCACCUUAAUUGCAUGAAAAAGCAUUGAUUGCUUGCUUGCUUGCAUGCAUAUGUAUAUAUAUAGCCCACGUACAGAGCCAUGCAGCUUGCAUAUAUUAACUUAUAUAUAUGAUAUCUUCUGUUGAUUGCCAUCAAGAAUGAUUAUGCCCCUCCUUAAUUGCUCCACCGCAAGACAUUGCAUGGACAAUUAUAUUAUAUAUAUCUCCCUUGAUAUUUGCGAUUAAGGUGGUUGAUUCCUUCCCAAACUUGUUCGCGUCCUCGCAGAGUCUUGAUAAUCAAGCAAACAAAUUACCAUUAACUAUCAAAUACUUGAUAAUUAAUAAUAAAUCAAUGAAUAUCCAGAUUUGCUUCAGGAUUGCUUAACCUCCAAGUAGGCUUUAUUUAGCCUCUAAACAAUAUAUUCCGAGCUUAUCGAAAAUAUAUAGCUUGGGCCACGGAUAUUGGCCCGGUUUUCUUCGAGUCCCUCUUAUCGGCAAAAAAUGUUAUUUUGGGUUCAAACAUUGCCCCCCAGACCUCGAAGUCAAAGUUCCCCGUCUUGACUGAAGAGGUCUUGAGUCAGCACUAAUCUUGCAAUAACGUCGCUCUAAAGCCACUUGCAUUGGCUUCAUAAUAAGUACAAACUUGAAAUCACUUGAUUGAUAUAUAGGCCUCUUAAUUAGGCCGUGAAGUAUGAAUGUCGAUGUCUAAGAUGAACAAUGAGAUAGAUUAAAAGAGUAGCACCUUGAUUGACAAACACUCGUAGAUGAAAAACUUUUAUUUUUAGGCCACUGGAAUUGACCUUAAAGAGCUUAAAACACUGCAUAAGUCUUGAGCAAGAAUAUUGACAAAGUAAAUUCACCACUUGACAAAGUAAAACUUUGAUAAAAACUUAAAAGCCACAGGUGUUGGCCUUAGAUGAUUUCUUCUCCAAAACUUCUUUGAAGAGAAAUCUUCUUGAGGAGGAAAUCCCCUCAAGGAAGAUCCCAAUAAGGAGAAAUCUCCUCGAGGAAGAUAGAAAUCUUCUCAAGGAAGAUCUUGGUGAGAAUGAAAUCUGAGUGAGCUUGAUGAAAGUUCUUCGCGAACGUUUUUGCAUAACUAGCCUGAUGCAGCUGUGGUGUACUUGCUUCAAACCAUCAGUAAAUCACAUGGAGAAUGUGAUAACUAGCCUACUUUUGCAUCUUGUACCUAAGCACCAUGGAACAACAAAUUGCCAAAUCAUCAAGUUCAGCCGCAUGCCCGAAAGAAUCUUGGCCCCUAAUCAGUGAGCAUGUAGCAAUGCCUUCCUCACGGGCUUUGUUGCUUCCAACCAGUAUAUACAAAGUAUGUAUAACACUCAAUCAUAUUCUUUUCACCACUUCAUAUGUAGCUCUCAAGAAGGGAUGAUGACCAAGCAACUUAAUUAAUUAUCUUUUUCUCCACCGAAACCUCAGCCAGCUUGAUGCCCACAUGAUCCAUCCCUUUAGCUCGUCAGCCUGCUGCGCAUGUCUCCUCUGCUGCUUCGUACAUGAUUGAAUGCUUCUUGAAUUGAUUAUAUACUUCUUAUAAAGCCACUCAGUAGACAUUCCAAUAUAUAUAUACAAGCGAAAGCCACAAGUUGGCUCUACAACUCUGAAACCUGCAAGAAGGUUAGAGCUACGCAGUGUCCUUCUCUGCAAAUCAAUGUAUACUGCCACUAUAAUUGGCAUUAAAUCAUCUCGCAAAGUAAAAUCUUUGUACAAUUUCAUGGCCACAAGUAUUGGCCUGGGUGAUACUAAGACACUCAAACAAGUCUUAAUUAAAAUCAUGCCACAGAAUUUUGAAAUCCCUCCCCCAUAUAUCCAUACACAAGUGUAUAAUAUUCGAAUAUAUAUAUUUCCAGGAAUUUUAAAAUCACAGAAACCAUGAUUGAAGAACAUGACCUGUCUUCGUCCAAGCAAGACUUUGUGUUGCCUCCCCAGUCCGCAGUCUUGUGCACUUCAUUGCAUAGUCCCCAGACUUUCAGGAAUGCCAAUAACAGAGACCAAAGCAUCAUAUAUUCCUCUCGUACAGGCCCUCUGUCCAUAUGGUGCCCCCCGGUUUUGAUGUCUGCUGCCCUGCGUAACUGCAUUGAAAAAAAGUGCUGCAUCCAAGA